CAGAUGGCAGUGUUUUUUAUUCAAUACCAAAGCAUUACAUUUGACCCUGAUUGUUUGCGGAACUUUUGGUGUAAAGGAAAGAUAUCCACGACUUCUAAUGAUUAAACAUGUUUUCAAUGUUAAACAUCCAUGAGUAACAUCAUUGUCAACCAAACAUAAUCUGUCAGCGUGUCAAGAGACCUUCAGAGGUGUGUUGGUCAUGCCCGCCGGAGUCGUCUCGCUGGUCUCCCGGCUAUGCGCGCUGUCGCUGAUGCCCACCGUCUCCUCGAAGAGCUGUCGGUUUGCCAGUAGAGAUGUCAAAGCAUGGACGAAACAUAACUUUGCACAGAGAGUCCCUGGUAGAAGACAAGCCCAGGACCAAAAUACGUUAAAUGAGGAUGGCACCAUGGUGGAUGUAGAGGACAAUCUAGAUGCGUUACACAGCGAGGAAAGGAAAAGGAAGAUGGCUGUGAAGUUUUCCAAGAUCAAGAGGCGGAUGACUCCCUCAGGGGCCCCAGAACGCAGUCUGAGCUGGGACACCAUCGAGCAGAUCCGGUACUUGCGGCGGGAGCAGCCGGAGGAGUGGACAGUGGAGCGUCUGGCCGAGGGCUUCGGCGUUCCACCCGAUGACAUCCUCAGGGUCCUGAAGAGCAAGUUUAACCCAACCGCCCCACGAAAGGUCAAGCAAGACGCCUCGGUGCUGGCCAGGCUCGGCCAGCAGCCGGAGCGGCUACCGGCUGGUGGAGCGCCACAGAGUAGCCUGCUGCAGUUGCCUGCUCAGAAUACACCCACCAUGUUUGGGGCCGGGGACGGCGCCAGUGGUUCCGCCGGCACUCUAGUCCCCUCAGCCAAUCGGAUGCUGCUGACACCCAGAGUACAAGAAGGAAGAGGAGGGGGAGAACUCUGUGGAACCCCCCCAGGUAGUGGUCAUGCUUCUCUGGCCACUCGGCCCAAACCACUGUCCCUCACGACAGUGGUGGAGAGCGGUAGACUCACUCCUGCCCCUUCAGUAUCAGAGGAAGACCACCGUGGUGCUCCACCAGUGGAAGGGGGGGAAGACGACGGGGAGGAGGAGAGGUGGGAUGGAGAAGUGUUGACUGAGAGUGACCUUGAGGGGCUGAUGCUCACGACCAAGCCCUCCCCUGCGGUGAAAGUCGGUAAGGACUUCUUUGACAGAGAGGGUGCCUUUUUGUACAGAAUUUAGGUGAAUCAAUUAUUGAAGUUAAUUGCUUUUCCUAUGAAAUUAUGUUGGAAACUGAUCGAUUAUUUCUGGUGCAAUAUCAUAAAUUAAGUUUAUUGGGUUGUAUCUUUAAAAGAAGGAAUCAGUGUACACCAUACCAUGCAUGGUUUAAUUUGAAUGUAUGUAAUAAGUGAUUAUAAUGCAUUGUAUCUUCACAACUGUUGUAAAACUGACUGUGAACCAGCGCUAGGGAUCUCACCAUACAAUUUAGCUGACUUGCAGAUUGUGUCGUAUGACAAACCGCAAACUGCAAUGUGUCCCUUCCUUCUAUUUGGCAGUUUCACAAAUAAACAUUUUGCGUAUUUAUUUAGGUUUUGUGCUUUUUUUCUGUUUUCUACAGGGGUAUUAACUUAAACAUUGACAGCAAAUAAAAUCCAAAAGAUCAGAA